AUGAUAAGUCAAUAUCGGAAUACUGUCAAAUGCUUGAUUUUGGUUUCUGUAAUUGGAUUUAUGGGUCUCAAUUUGUAUUUUCAUUGGAAGGAUACUGUACCAAUAGAAUAUGCAAAGUUAAAGGAUUCAAAUGAGACGACCAGUAUGUCCUCUCCAUCGACUCCAUAUCCCAAAAAACGUCAAAAAUCUGUGGAAUGCCCAUCGGAAUUAUGGAAUCAAGUCCACACGGAUAUCGUUCCAAAUGAAGAUCUCCAUUUGGAUUGGAUUCAAAAAAACAUCUCACGACGGGAUAAUAUAAUGGAAUCGCAGAUUCGUCUGUUGACUGCGUUUGUCUAUCCGGAUCAUAUUUCAAUUACGACCACUAGUCAGAGGAAUUUUGGCCAAAACGCCAGCUGUAUGUACUAUGAUUGUCUGCGAGAAGAGAUUGAAAAUUCGAGAUACGAAUCCGUUUUCUUUCCAAUGAAUGUCAUUCGUUGUCCAAGGAGAAUCGGGGCGAAAUAUGUGUCGAUUGGGUUGGAAGAAAAUGGGAAUGGACCAGAGAAGACACAGGAACCAAUUCCAUUGAUAUAUAGGAAUUUUGGAACCCCAUCCCACCAAAUAUCCGUUUGUGUCGGGCCAAUAUAUGGCUCCGAAAACCGAUGGCUGCAAGUGGCCGAGUUUAUUGAACACUAUAAACUAAUUGGAGUUCGUCAUUUUUAUUUCACAAUUUUCAAUAUAAAUGAGUACGGUAGAAAGAUUUUGGAUGAGUAUCAGAGAACCGGUGAAAUCGAGUUGACCGUAAUCCAAUCAGAAUAUCGAAAUGUGGAUUGGCAGUUUCAUCUUUUACAGAUAAAUGAAUGCCAUCAGAGAAGUAAGCAUCAUUCAAAAUGGGUAAUCAAUGUGGAUAUUGAUGAAAGAUUGGUUAUUUUGGAUCCCAAAAUAAAAUCAGUUCUAGAAUUAUUUAAUGGUUAUAACGAUACAGUUGGAGAGGUGGGAUUCGCGAUUCGAAGGAUCCAGAAGACGGGACAGCUUCCUGAGAAGUAUGAGAGUGAAGAGCAGAUAAUAUCAGAAAUGGAAUUCCUCAAGUACAAUGUGUCAUCUCCAGUGACUUGGGGGGCCUAUAAGACUAUUUAUCGACCGGAGAAGAUUGCUGCAAUGUAUUAUCACUGGGCGUAUCAAAGAUAUCCGGGUAGUGUAGCCGAGUAUGUGAAUAGUGACGUGGCUUUGAUAAGACACUACCGUACCACUGAAUCCAACAUUCUUGGUUCCGGAUGGCUGAAUGAUCCGAAUUAUGCAAACUUCACCAUAGUUCCAAUAGAAGAUUCGAAAUUUGGUAAAAAAUUGGCAAAAGCCGUAUUAGAAAAGAUCAAGUAUGUCUAUGAUCAACGCGUUUUGAAUUGUGAGGAGAUUGCAGACGUACCGUAUCAGGAAUACAAAGAAUUCGGACAUGACAUUUUUAAUUGUAUAUUUCGGAAUGACACAUCUGGUAAUAGGAAAUAG